ACUAUCAAACUGCAAUAAUCAAUUAGUGAAGUCGGAUGGCAAGAACAGUCUGUGAAACAUUCUUUCUGCAGACACUAGUUUUUUUCCAAAAUAGUUUAAUCGUAUGGAAGAAUGAAUUCAAUAUUUCAUUAAGUGAAUAAAGUGGAUGGAAACACGGCAUCAAGUCGCAUUCAAGCAGCGAAGCUGAAUGGGUUAAGAUGCGAUAUUACGCCCCGCAAUUGGCGCUAGUUCUCACGCUUUUGUGCUUGUUCCGGGUCGCUAGUGUGAAUGCUCAACAAGGUGAUUUAGCAAUCGGCGAUCAGUGUGUGGUCCAAAGAACAAAUGCUCCCGGUAUUUGUCGGCUUAUUUCUGACUGUGCAUCUGUGAUUGAUGACAUACGAAACCGUCGGGGAAGUCCUACUAAGUGUGGAUUCGCGAAUAAAGUACAAGUUGUUUGUUGCCCAGAUGGAGUUCAAUUGAGGACUACAUUAGCCAGUAUGCCGGAAACAUCAACCGCGACCAAUCAUCCCAGGAUAGUGGAAAAAUGUACUGAAUUCGGCGAGGCUGUGUUUUCCAAAGAGUAUGUCAAUGCGCUGGGCGUCGAUGAGCCGAAACUGCACCGACUGGAUAAAUGUGGUCACAAGGCGGUCGAGUUGAUUGUCGACGGUGAAGCUGCAAAAUCGAGGGAAUUCCCUCACAUGGCACUGAUUGGGUACGGCACAGCACCUGCGAUACACUACCUGUGCGGUGGGUCACUAGUGUCGGACCGGUUUGUACUAACCGCUGGCCACUGUGUCAACACAAUCGAAUACGGUCCCGCAAGUACGGUCCGACUGGGCGAACUGGCUCUAGACUCCUCAAACGACGAGGCCUUUCCAGAAGAUUUCAACAUCGCUGAAUUGAUCCCACAUCCAGAGUACAAGCAAACCUCGCAGUACAACGAUAUCGCCUUGGUCAAACUGGAGCGAAAAGUAAUCUUUUCACCGUACAUUAGACCGAUCUGUCUGCCGACAAAAAGCGAUUUGAACAACAAACGGGCCAUCGCCACUGGUUGGGGAACAAUUGGAUAUGGGGAAGCUACAAGCCCAGUCAUGCUGAAGGUGGUGCUGGAAAUGUUCAAUUAUGACGAAUGUGCAAAAAAUUUUGAAGCGAAUCGUAGGUUGCAAGACGGGCUAAAACGAGACAGUCAAAUUUGCGCUGGAUCUCGAAACUCCUCAAAGGAUACAUGCCAGGGCGAUUCUGGUGGACCGCUCCAAAUCUAUAACGACCAGAAUGUCUACUGUACGUACACAAUCAUAGGAAUUACUUCCUUCGGAAAAUAUUGUGGCUUGGCAGGUUCUCCUGCAGUCUAUACUCGUGUUUAUCAAUACAUUUCAUGGAUCGAAAAUCUAAUAUUUUAGCAUCGACCAUCAGCAAGGACUGCCUUUCAGCCGUUUUAUAAGUUCGGUAGGUACUGUCUUCCAACCGAGUUUCAAAGUAACUUGUGACACGGAAAUUCUAUCAAACAAAGACAAAACAACAAGUUUAAAUACUAAUCAUUGAAAAGCUGAACCAUAGCAUGAAAAUCCGAAAUUUCCAAAUUUGGGUACAUGCGAUACUAAUGUAUUCGGCUUUCAAUAAAAUAUUCAUAAUAAAUAUCAACAAUUAUCUCUGGUAAUAGAGGUAAAACUCA